CUGCGAUAUGCUUACAUUAGGCGCUACAAACUUUUGUAGCAAAUGCGCGAGUCCUUUACCGUUUCUAAAAUGUUUUUUUUCGCGGAACGUCAAUGAAAGUGAUUUAUUUACAAAAUGCAGUGUAUGAACGUUUAAAUAUCUCUGUAAUGAUCUUAUUAUCUUAUAUUUAUACACAGGAAAGCAGCUAUGAAUACAAGUCUAAGUUCUACGGAUGGUGGCGGUGAUAAACGUUUGCCUGAGACUACUGUGCAAACUAUAGCGCAAAACUUAACUACAAUGCAAAAUAUACAAAGCAUACAGAAUGUACAAAGUGUGGUUCAAAGUAAUAUACAAAGUAUUCAGCCUACGCAAACUAUUGUUGGAACAGUUGGGACUCCUACUGGUCUCGUUGGUAAAUCAGUAUCAUUGGAUAUUAAUCCAAAGUUAUCUUUAAUGAAGCCUGUAAUUCCAUCUGGUACAACAUCUAAUGCAGAAACAAAUAAAAUCACAACAACGCUCUGUUCUGUAGGUUCUACAGUAAGAAUUAUAUCACCAGGUAUGUUGAGUACUGUAGAACGUCAAAAUCAACAACAAGGUCAACAGUUACCCCAACAAAGUCAGCAAAUUACUAAUAUGCCGGCUACGUAUCAUGUACCUAGAGGACCAGCGGCAGUUGCAAAUAUUUCUGCUCCAAGAUCAACAGUUGCUACUCCAAUCGUUAGAGCUAAUGCUGGUCAAACUGUACCAACUACAAGAGCAGGAAUAAACACAACAGUAUCAAAUCCUCAAUGGCAAUCUAAAACAACUUCAGUUGUAUAUGCACAGCCACAAAGACAUCCAACACCUCCAGUUAGUAGAGUCUCUACGAGACCUCCAUCUGCUGUAUACAGUGGACAACAACCCCGAUUAAUUACUCAAACCAAUCAAGGAAGAUCUGUACAGGCCACUAUGGUUACUGGUGUUCCUGGUACUCCGUCCAGAUUGAUAGCACCUAUUCUACAAACAAGUAACAAUAUUACACGACUUCCAGUUGCACAAAACAGACCUCCAACUGCUCAGGUAGCAAAUAUUUCGCAAACUUCGCAACCUGGAAGAUCAUCAACGCAAGCAAUUCAACCCAAUCAAACAAGCAGGUCUCUCAGUACAACAGGUACAGUAAACCGUAUAGCUGUGUCAACGCCAGUAGUAGGAACAACAAGUAGAAUAGGUGGAACAGCUUCUGUCAGUGUCCAACCAACAUUGAGCCGACAGUUAUCUAUUAAUACAGCAGCUGGUCCAUCAGCUGGUACUGUCAGUCGUAUCGUGAUACCACAGCAACAGGUACAGCAACAGCAAGGAACAGCACGUGUUGUUCAAACAGUUACUCCUUUAUCAAAUCUUAAUACAGUAUCGCGAGUAAUUACAACUACAGCGAAUACAUCAAAUGUCACGAGAAUACCACAAACUACGACUACAGUUACAAGAAUAACUGGAAUGUCUUUGCAUCCAUUACCUUUGGCUCCAGCAAGAACUGCACCAACCCCGGUAAAAGCUACGCAACCACAAAAUAUUGGACAAACAGUACAGAUAAAACCACCUGUUCAACAAACUGGACUUCGUGUUUCUGCAACUAAUACUACUAACAAUUCAACUACUAAUCCUCCUCAGUCGGUUCAAGGUCAAUAUCUACAUCCACCUCAUACCACUACUUAUUAUUCUUUUGAAACAAGCGGUACAUAUUCUCAAUAUCGGCAAGCUUCAGUACAGCCUGUAAGAUUACUUGUUGAGCCAGGAUAUGAUGAACCGCACAGUAAACCUAAUGCAUCUCCAAGACCGAGUAUACUUAGGAAAAGAGAUCAUGAUACUUCUCCUGUUAAGGGUGCAGCUAAAAAUUUAGUACCUGUACUUGCUUCUUUACCGUCAGUACCAUCGACAUCCAGUCCGCCUGGUUCUCCAAGAGAUCAAGAUGGUGGUGGUUGUCAAAGUUCAGGAUCAACUACCGUUUCAGCUACUUCAUCUCCUGGUCUUGAUGAAGAUCCAGAACAAUCAAGGAUAACAAUUAAUCCAACAAUAGAGAUGUCACCGAGGAAAAAACCUCGUAAACAACAAUUGACAGGCGUUGAAUUAACCGAGCCAAGAUGUACGGAAGAGGAAAUGCAAUUUAUUACAGAAGAAAAAAUAAAAAAAGAAAUAAAGGAAGAAUCAAAAGAAAAAUCAACCGACAAAAGACAUAUUUCUAAUGUACAACGAGAUAUGAAAUCUCCUACACAUCCAACAUCUAUACCUACUAUACGAACUCGGCCUACACCGAGCUUAUUAGGCUCCUCUUGGAAAAAUAGAUGGGGUGGCAGACUUCACCAUUACAGAAGACCUAGUGACGUACGACCUCGUGAAGAAAGGAGACCAUCAGUAGCAGAAUUGGCACAACAAAAGCAUGUUCUGCAAAAAUUAAAUGGAUGGAAAGUUUAUCAUCUUACGGCACAAAUGGAAGAUAUUGCUGAACUUGAAAAACAGGUACAUGAAAAAUUGAAAACAACACUGACAAUACUUGAGUCUCAACAAACUAUUAAAAGUAGACAAGACGAUGGACUCGAACGUGUAAAUGAACUCAUUAAAGGAAAUAUGCAGCGUAGUAGUUUGAUCAGCGAAGGAAUGAACGAAGCACGCACGCAACUCAUUGCUAUUUUUCAACACAAAGGACCUAUCACGGAUAUUUUACAACGUUGUGGAAAUAAGCGUGCUCAAAAGAAGAGGGAUAAAUGAGCUAUUAUGCUGAUCAAAUUAGGAGAAAAGCACUUUAAGGAACCUAUGUACACAUAAGGUUCGAAAGGGAGUUAUUUUUAUCUGUGUCACAGAAUCUACAUUAUAGAAGUAAAAUAAAUGGUUUUAUAAGUCUAAGUGACAUAAUCGUCGCUAAUAUGUUUAUAAUUUUAUUAUAAAAA